UGGACUUAUUUACAUUUAAAAGACUUUCAGAUUCAUAUGAAUUUUUUCACCUUCAUUCGUUUACAAAUUGCAUUUAAUGUAAUAAUAAAUAAUAAUGUCAUGGCUUUGUUUUAUAUGUCAUAGCGUCGUCAAUUCGGAUACAAGCGAUGAGUUCCGCGACAAAUACAGAGAACUGAUAGGAAUGAAUCUUUGCCUGGAUUCCUACCUGUGCGUUAUAUGCUGCCAUAUGCUGGAUAAAUUCUGGUAUUUCAAGUCAAUAUGUCUGAAACGGAGCCUUGAGUAUCCUGUACUAUUCAGGGAAAGAGGAACAGUAAAUCUUCAAACACAAAAUGUUGAAAUAACAAACAUAUGUAUUGAGGAAAUAUGCAAUGAACUUAACAAUAAUAAUAAAUCCAUACAUUAUUUAGACAAAAAUAAUCAUUCUGAUCAUAACAAUGACAUUUUUGACUAUAAUCUACAGUUACCUGAAGAGAAUAAUGAUUUUGUUUAUGAUAAAGAAAUUGUGAAGGAAGUUGUUAAAGAAAUUGAUGAAUUUAAUGCAACAGAAAAUGAAUUGCAAAGUGUUGAAACUUUGGAAUUUAAAGAGGACAAUAUUGCCAAUAAUGAUGAUGAUUAUAAUUCGAAUGAUGAAGUAAAUGAGAAAAAGGCUCAUGACGUUAAUACUGAGGCACUAGAUUCAAAAAAUUACGCAAUUAGUGAUCAGAAUGGUGACAAGAUAAAACCUAAAAGUAAAUCAAAAAUAAAGCGAGAGUUUGACAAAGUAAUUCUGAGUUUAGAACAACAAAAAGCGAAUUUGGAAAGGAAUAGAAAAGAGAAGAAGUAUAUAGAAGCGGAAUUUAAGUGUUAUAACUGUGCAUUGGGAUUUCUUUUUAAAGAUACGUACCAGGCUCAUAUGAUGCGGCAUGAAGAGUCAAACGGUGAGUAUCGUUGCGAAGUCUGCACGCUAAGGUUCGCAUCUCAGGCGGUGCUCCGUUCCCACACGGCGCUGCACGCGGAGCGCCACGUGUGCCGCCGCUGCGGCGGGGCGCUCCGCCCCCGCGCCAGGGCUCCGCACGCGGCGCUGUGUUACGGCAGAAGCGGGGAUGUCGCCGCUUGCGACAAAUGUCCCAGGUUAUUUAAAGACCCAAGCGGCCUUCAGCAGCAUUUGAAGCGGUUCCACCAGACCAAGGUCAGCACGAGGACUUAUCCUUGCAGCGUCUGUGGAAAAAACUACUCCAACCAGGCGGCUGUCAGAACUCAUAUGAUCAAACACAUCCGCCGGAAGUUCCCGUGCCCGCUGUGCCCCUCCACGUUCAGCUCCCCCUACACGCUGACGCAGCACAAGCGGAAACACACAGCGCCAUCUGCCGAGAUCGAGGCGCAUUGUUAUUGUGCGCCGUGCGGCAAGAGUUUUGUUAAUAGAAAGAGUCUUUUGGCCCAUAGGAGGAAUGCGAAACAACAUCAGGAAGAACAGUUCGACUGCCCGAUAUGCGCGCGCUCGUGCGCAAACCAGCGCUCCCUCAAUCAUCACAUCGAAGCCGUACACUCCACUUCUAAAAACUACGCUUGCAGCCGCUGUAGCGCUCGAUACGCCACGAAUAAAGCGCUGAAUAGGCAUUUAAGGGGGCAUGAUGUAAAGAGUGAGGUCAAGUUGGCUGUGUGCCACCUUUGUGGGAGGAGUUUUAAGGGAAACAACAAAUUGAACAGACAUUUGAGAGAAGUGUGCGAGAAGGAGAGACUAGAAGAGGAGCUGUCUUCGUAUUACGCACAAGAUGGCGUCUGAUAAUAACCAAUGUGCGUUAGUUGGCGCGUAAAUUGACCUAUGAUCGAUGGCGGGAAAAUAUGAACGAACUGUCACCUUUAUUUAGAGAACCUAUUAUUGAGUGUAGGAAGUAUAGUUAUUAUGUUAUUUAUUCCUACAGAAGAUAGAAGGAGAAAAGAGGAGAAAAUAAUGAGUUUAAAAUGUCUAUAUUGUUCAAUGUAAAAAUUUAGAAUAUCUAACAAUAAAAAUUAUUAUUGACAUCUCUCUAAAAACAAAAUCAUGGCAACCGUUGCUAUGGCGUAUAUCAAGAAGGUUGCUAACAUUGAGAUAACGGGAGUGAUUGUAUUUAUGCUCCAAUCCGUGAAAACUUUGCUUACGCGAUUUAGACUCUGUAAUUGGUUGAUGGCUUGUGACGUUUGAGAUGUGACCACAACCCUGAUGUACUUCACCAUAUUAAUAAAACGAUUCUGGUCCAUUUUGUUUGUUUGU